AUCAGAUUAGCGAACUACAGGUCUACAGCGCAAGAAACAAUACUAGUAGUACUCGAUAUUGCAGAUUCCUGUAGUUUUGUCCGGAAGGAAAAUGAAGAGAAUGAAAUGAAUAGAGAGGCCAGCGGAAGCUAUCUACAUGGCUCUUUGGCGGCCGAACGCCGCAACUCAUGAUAAUCCUGUCCGGGCUGGGCCAGGAAGAAAUGCGCCAGCUUGCGACGCGAAAUCACCGGUUGUGGAUGAAGUGCCACAGUGAUAAUUUCGAUCGCACUGGAAGCACUAGGCAGGCUACGACAGUCAGGCGUAUUCUUUUCACGAGUAGCCUAGCCUUGUGCUAUGCUGCGGUGCUGACACUUGAACAUGUGCAGGCACAGGAUAGCGUCUGUUCGGUUUGGCCGAGGGAAGACUACACAAACACGUGUCAGCUGAGGAGGUGUGGCAAGAAAUAUGGCAAGCUCGCAAAUGUUUGGGACCCGCCGCAUUCGAACUGCAGUAAGGGUGAAAAGCUUCAUCGUACCCGGCACAUCUACACAACUAGCAUGAUAGACAACUGCACAGAUGCACCUGGCAAGCCGCAGCAACUCACAGUGUCGCUGCCCAUUGCAUUCGGCGGGGGCUUUGCCUUCCACGUCCAGUGGAACGACCCUCCAAAUGCCGAGCACCUGGCGGGCUAUAGAAUCACCCAAUUGCACCAGGGAUGGAACUAUGGCAAUGACAUUUCACUUAGAUCCAUGCGAGAAAGUGGUCUACCCAAAGGUGAAAAUCGAGUGGUUUUUACAACGGACAAAGGCAGUAUCAGUGAGGCCGGGAUCAAAAUCACUCCUGGGUAUUUGAAGAGCAGAAGAGAUUGUUUUGUACCUGACAAAGAGACCAGCCAUAUCGUUCUAAGGGUGGUCACGCUGCCAAUAGAGAAUUACAGUCUUCAGCACGCAAGAGCAGACCUAAUAAUGCCAAACUGUGAGACACUAAAUUGCCCUCGAGUCAGCCUCGCGGACGACAAUUUUGAUUGUCAAACAGAUCUACAAAAUGAAGAGGACGUGGAUCAGCAUGACAAGAUAGUCCCAGUGUGCUUAUCCCCUGCUUGUUUACCACACUACGUGACGGUAACCGGAAUGCAGAUUUCCAACAGAAGUGCCACGUUUGCGCUUUCUUGGGCCCCACAGCUCGGGGGUAACUCCAGCUUUAGACUGAAAGCAACUUUUGGAUACCUGAAUGCUGGUGGACGGUGUACGAACUGUUCCAGAUCCAUGGAAACUAGUGACAAGGGCAUCAUGGGGGAAGCCACGACUUACACAAUCCCGGAUAUUGGUGAUGAAGACUUUGAAUGUGCCAGCGUAUCUUUCCGAUCCGAGGUUUGUGGUUUAGAGGACCACGUGGGGAGUUACUCUUUGACUAGAGAUGAUCUCGUCACUGCUCUGCCAUCUUCAACGCUGACUGCCAUCACAUACCAAGGUGUAGUGGCAUCGGUAUCCGCUUUGCCACCAACAGAGUCGGCUACCUCUUCACACAUCACGCCUGAUCAUCCAAAGGGCUCGGCAAGCAACUUGACUCUGUAUGUUGCAAUGGGCGGCUUGGCUGUAAUACUCCUCAUUCUCAUGGCUAUUGUCGUCAUGGCUAGGGCAUGUCACUCAGACUGCAAAAGUCCCUGCACGUUCGCAAGCCGAUACCAGAAAGAUAAGUUCCAUAUCAAGACUAGCUCCAAGAUGCACGUGCAUAGAGAGCUGAGACGUACAGGAUGUAGCGUGUACUUGACUUACUCACGCUUCACCAAUGCCAGUCGGCAGAGAGCGCACCAGCUGGCUGCAGCGCUCAGGCGGUUUGAAGUGCACGUCGUGUUUGACGGCGACCCGUGGCAUGCGGUCAAGAUGGCGGAUAACCGCGAGGCCUGGAUGGACGAGUGGAUGCAGAACACGGACUAUGCUAUUGUGCUACUGGAUGAAACGUACCCGAUGAGUUUGGACAUGACACAAGCAAUGUUCCAAGCUCAGCUGAAUGCCGACGUGGACGACAGCUUUAAGCUGACGUGGGCCGAGGUGACCCGAAUACAAGCCCUCGAGUUCAGCGGAAGGUCUCACCGCAUCAUCCCAGUAGUCAUAGGAUCCGUGAGCUCAGUCUCACCGCCAAUACCUGUCAGCAUGCGCAUGAAAACAGUGUAUCGUCUGCCGAAGGACUUCACGCAGGACGCCACAUGUCCACAGCUAGAGCGGCUGAUACACUAUCUGCACAAUGCUGGCAAAAUCCAGUGGAGUGCUGUGCCUCCACGUUUCUCUGAAUCCUCAGUUUGACGAGCUGAUUGACAUAGAUCCAGUGGACAUAGAACUACUUUCCAGUCUCUGUGACAAACUAGUGCAUUAUUUGUUUUAAGAUCUCAGUUCUUGAGAUCAUGUUGAUACUUGAUAGUACUUAUAUAGUAUGGCAUCCUCUACGUAGAUUACCAGUAUUGUCUAAGCGCAGCUCACCGAUAUUUGCACGGUGCACGCUGGCAUUUAUCUUCAUCUUGAGGUCCCUAAAUAAUUAUUUUUGAGACGAAUCAUAGUGACCGUUCCCCAUUUUUAGAACAUGUCUUGAUUUAUUCAGUCUUGAUGGCACGAGUGAUAGUUGACUUGAUUGUGCUCAAUUAAAUCCUUGAUUGGUUUUCUCUGCUAUAGGUGGAUGCACUGAUGGUGCCUAGACGCCAUGUAUAGGAUCUCUCAUAUUACUAGUCAUGAUUAGUAUUAUCCCUUUGUCACAUGUAACUGGAGUAGCGUGGGUCUGGGAAACACAAAGUGACUGUCUUCUAGUCGAUGAA